AUGCUGAGCUCACGUUUGGGAACGAGCGUAAAGACUCCACGGCCUCGGUCAUCCUGGGUAUGGGGGAAGGGAACUGUCCACGGUGCAUCAGAAGAAGCGGUACCAUUGACUCGCUCGAGAAUCUUCCUACAACGAACAACUUCAGCCACCACCGUGGAUCGAAUACGGCCGCCGAGUCACUACGUCGACUACAGUAGAGUCCCACUUGCUGGUGACCGCCGACGACCUUCACCGAAGAGUAGUAUAGUGGCUCAAGCUUCCGAAGGAGUAACCCUCGCGACCGUUUAUAGCGACGACGGCGAGCCCUCGGGACGCGAAUACGACCGCCGAAACUUCAAAGCCAUUCGAGGCAUAUCGCGCGCAGCCCUGGGGGAAAUGGUACUCGAUCUCGUCGAUCCUGAAAGGAAGUUGUCCCCUGGCAGCUGUCGCGUCACACAUCGGACGGAGGGCUCGUUCCACCAUGCAAUUUUUUUGACGGUUGAGCGCGAUGAUGAAACUCCGCAAGAGUAUGUUCUCAAGAUACCUGCACACGGCACACCGAAAGAGUGGGGUAUGAACGACCGUAUGAUGUUGGAAUGUGAAGCUCAGUUGCUGAAGCAUAUUCGCCACCAUACAGACUGUCCAGUACCAGAGAUUGUCGCAUACGACGGCGGCCUACAGAAUGCUAUAGGGGCGCCGUACAUACUCAUGAAGAAGAUCAAAGGUAUAGCGGCGACGGAUCUGUGGCUCGGUCAACCCUACAGAAUGUUCAAAUCUGACGAUCUACACCUUGAGGCCGACGACCCUUCUCCGGAGGUCGAGCAAAGGCGCGUUACCUUCCUGCGCUCUCUUGCACAAGCUAUGAGCCAACUUGCGACACUCGAGUUUCCGUAUACUGGCGUGCCUAGCUACGGAUGUCCGGAAGAUAAGAACCCAAAGUUCAUCGCACCGGCCUGGCGGUGGCACUGCAAGAUGAACAUGGAAGAGCCGACGUCUUAUGGAUCAUUUGCGUCCAGCGAAGCCUUUUUCGCUGCUGGCCUCGACAGGCUAUGCGAGCCUGAGGACUCUCUCGAUAGCGAUGGGAUGACAGAACUUGGCGUUCAAAUAGUGAUGCGGAUCAUUCUGUCUUCUGCUCCGUUCAAACCGUCAACGCCACUACACGAUGGAAUCUCUCAGGCCGGGUGCGGUAGCCAUAGCGUACCGGUGCGCGAAACAUUUGUCAUCCGACACGAUGAUCUCGACCUCCAGAAUAUCCUGGUAGAUGAUGAUGGUAAUGUGACUGGCAUCAUCGACUGGGAUGCUUGCGCAGCGGUGCCACGCUGCAUUGGCUACACAUCAAUGCCUACCUUUCUUCGUCGCGACUGGCUCCCAGACUACGGCUUAGGUCGGCUGCCACAUAUGACUUGGGCCAUCGAGCGCUACCGCGAGAUAUACGCCCAGGCUAUGAAGGAGUUCUGUCAGCCUUCGGAUGUAAACCUCACACGCAAAUCCGCGAUGUAUCAGCUGGUGUUAGCGGCCUUGGACAAAGACUUUCGGUGUAGGGAUGUUGUGAAGCUGCUGCUGAGGGAAAUGCCUGAGUACAGACGCGUUGAUGUGAAUUCGUUUUGUCGGAGGCUGGGGCAGGGUUGGCCGGCAGCUGAAAAGGCGUUGAGGAUGAAGAUGGCGGAGUUGUUGAAGCCGGAGUGA